AUUUAAGAAAAUAUUUACAACAAAAUCAUACCCAACUUACAUGGAAACAAAGAAUCAACAUAAUUAAUGACAUAACUGGUGCAGUUUUACGCCUUCAUCAAGAAAAUUCUAUUCAUAGAGAUUUGCAUUCAGGAAAUAUAUUAUAUUCUGAAUAUAGUGGACAAUGGUAUAUUAGUGAUUUUGGAUUUUGUGGACCUGCUGAUAAACCAUUAGAAAGUAUAUAUGGAAACCUUCCUUAUAUAGCGCCUGAAGUUAUUAAUGGAAAAGGCUAUACUUUUAAAUCGGAUGCUCAUCUUGUAAUGAAAAUAAUACGUGGAAUGAGACCACAAAUCGUACAAGGAACUCCAACAGAAUAUAAAAAUUUAAUGGUUCAAUGUUGGGAUGCUGAUCCAUCAAAGAGACACGAUAUUAAAAACCUUAAUGAUAAAAUUAAAAAAAUACGAAAAUC